CCUAGUUUAUUGUACAAAGAAAAGUACCGAAGCCAUGUUGGAGACCAAGAGCAUAGCUGAUUUAGUGUUCACGGAGACGCCGCGCAAGCGCAAAAGGGAGACGGCCGCUCCCCCGCCUCCGACGCAGCAACAACCCCCGGAAAGGGGCAUCCAGGUGCGACAGGAUGCAGCUGCCGCUGUUGUGGCGUCAGAGUCCUGCUUCACCAACGCCGCAUUUAGUUCUACGCCGAAAAAGUUGAUUGGCCGCCGACGCCUGGCCAAGGAGAAUAGCAAUCCCUUUCCCGGCCUGGAGGUCAAGUCCAUAGCAGAUCUGGCUGAGAAGCAGGAGCAGCGGCAGCAGCAGCAGCAGGUACAGCUGCCCACGAAUCCCUUUGAGGUCCUGCGUCAGCCGCCAAAGAAAAAGAAGCGAGAGCAGCAGCCAGCCUGCUUCGAGAAUCCUGGCCUUAAUUUGGAGCUGCCAGAGAAGCAGUUUAAUCCAUACGAGGUCAUCCGUUUGGCCACCACACCCUCCAAGGGCUUCGUGAAUCCGGCUCUAAAUUUGCGAGGAAGCGAUGCACCGGCUUCGCUUAAUCCCUUCGAGAUUCAUCGACCGAGUGAGGCUUCCGCCGCCGCUUGUAAUCCAGCCGGGGUGACUAAUCCAGCUCUAGCCGAGCGGGAUACCGAGGAGCCACUGCCGACCAGCUUGAAGAUCGGCCUGCCCUUUGCUCCCAACGUGGGCUAUCGCAUCGAUUUCCAUGGCCUGUCGCUGGCCCAGCUAACGCCCAGCAAACUGCUGGCCGAGAAGCUAGUCUUCUCACCAGUGCCGGCUCCCAAGAGAUCGCUGGGCGCCAUUAGCGAGGAGUCCACAAUGGACAUUGGUAAGGAGCUGGAUCGCUAUCAGCUGGAACUGGAGAACAGCAUCAACGAGGCCAAGCUGAGGAAGAACGGUGUUGUGCUGGAGAGGGAUGUAGCAAGGAAGAGCCUGGACUUGGUGUCGCCCAAGGUAUCGCUGGUGAUGGAGACAGACUCCCAGGAACUAAUGAUGCAGCAGGUAGUCACGGCUGAAUCACAAGUGGAGAGGCGUCUGGUCUGCACCCGGCGACGCACUCUCACCGAGAUAAGCGAGGCGCCAGAGGUGGAUCAGCGGGAGCAAGAACAAGGCGAAGAGGAUAAGGCUAUGGAGCAGGAGAGGCAGCAGAUGGAGCGGGAAAGAGAACUGGAGCAGGAGAGACGGAUGGAGAGGGAGAAGCUAUUGGAGAGAGAGAAGCAGUCGGAACGCGAGAAGCUGCAGGAGAAGCUGCACGAACAACUCCGGGAGAAGCUCCAAGAGAGGGUUAAGCUCAUGGAGAGAGAGAAGCAAAAGGAAGAGCUGCAGGAGAAAGAGAAGCUCCUAGAGCAGGAGGAGAACCUUCUGGAGGGGGACAAGGAGGCGGAUCACUCUGCGGCCGAUGUGGCCUACGCAUCCGAGUCCGACGAAGAGCCCGAUGAUCUGGUGGACUUCAAGGCUCCCGCACGCUUCGUUAGGGCCUACAGACCGGCAGCUUUGCCCACCAAGGCUGCCAGCAAGGAGUCCCUCCACUCCAUAGGAUCCAGUAAGUCAGGCAAGUCCGGGGACGUGAAGACCUCCACCGGGGGUGGCAUGAAGGGCAUGAUAAGGAAGUCCAUACGACGCCUGAUGCAUCCCACGCAGCACACGUCGCCCGAGAAGCCAGAGGAGAUCCGAGAGCAUCACAACAUACUGACCAGCAUCCGGCACAGUCUGCGCCGGAGACCCCAAAAGGCGGCCGUGUCAGAGGCGGAGAUGGAGCCCGGCCUGCCCGAUAUAUCCAUCAUUGAUACCAGUGAGCGAACGAUGAAGCUGCGCUCAAGUGUCGCCCAAACGGAGUACAUGACCAUCGAUCAGCUGACCAACGAGAAGAAACACACGCUGAGGAACAGCAUCCGGCGGUCCACGCGAGAUGUGCUGCGCCAUGUGUUCCACAAGAGUCACGAUGCCUAUGCCACCGCCAAGUGAAAGGUGAAGAGUGGGUAAUCUAUGGUCCAUGCCACAGAAAUCUCUCCCCUAUCAACCUUGGCUUGAAAUUGAUCUAUGCCCAGAUUGGGCAACGAAUUCCUAGCUUUGAAGCAAGACAUCAAUGGAUAUCCUUUUAAAAUUACCUAGAUUUGUUCAGAAUUCAGAGGAAAACACAGGGAUUUCUAUGGUAACACUCCCACAAAUUAUUUACUGAAAUGGUCCUUAGAUUAUUCACGCUUCUUGUUGGCUUCUUACUUAACUCAUUUUUAGCACCUAGAUAAGUUUUAAAACAACACAACAAAAAUGCACCCAAAGAUUGUCACACAAAAACCAGCACACACCGAAAGGAUUCAAAGGAUUCCAUCCUGUCACCUUUUUUUUCGACGGAUGGAGAGUUUUUAAUUAGCUGUAAGAGA